AUGUAUCUUGCUUGUGAGAGGAGUGGCCAAUAUAGAGCAACAAAGAAGUUAAAACAUGAUGGCAACAAUACAUCAAGAAUAACUAGUACGAAGAAGUAUGGUUGUCUUUUUGAUACGAGGGCUCACAGGUUUACCACACAUGAUGAAUGGACAUUGACCGUAGUAUGCGGAUUGCAUAAUCAUCCACCUGCGGAGCACCUCGAGGGACAUUCAUAUGCGGGGAGGCUAUCAAAGGAUGAGAAAGCAUUGUUAAUGGAUAUGUCAAAGAGCAUGGUUCAUCCAAAAGAAAUCCUAGUAACCUUGAAACAACGAGAUGUCCUCAAUGUAAGCACACUUAAAACCAUUUACAAUGUACGCCAUCGAAACAGGGUGGUACAGAGAGCUGGAAGAUCACAGAUGCAACACUUAUUGGGUGAAUUGGCCAAGUAUAAUUACAUUGAGCGCCAUCGGUCUGAAGAGUCCACGAUGACUUAUGGGAGGGUCGAUAACUAUGCGUGGGUGUUAGCUACAUUGCGUGAUGUCAUGGAUGGGUUUGUUGUGCCAAUAGUUAUUGUUACUGAUAGAGAGCUAGCCUUGAUGAAUGCCAUACAGAAGAUAUUCCCGAGUGCAGACAUUUAUUAUGUCGUUGGCAUAUCAAAAUGGGAGAAGUUCAACCAUGAGUGGAACUCUAUAGUGUAUUCAUCUUCUGAAAUUCAAUACGAUGAGCGUCUUAAAUCGUUACUUAAGGAAUUCAGUAGUUAUCCUAAUGCAGUCAAAUACGUCAUGGAUACUUGGUUGGUUCCUUACAAGGACAAAUUUGUGGCGGCAUGGACAGACACGUGUAUGCAUUGUGGCAAUGUUACAACGAACCGGGCUGAGAGUGCACAUGCAAAACUUAAAAGACAAUUGGGUUCAUGUCAAGUCUCAUUUCAGGCAUCAUUUGAGAAAAUACACAGUCUGCUUGAGUUGCAACACACUGAUAUCAAGGCUUCAUUUGAGAAAAGUCUAAUUGUUGUGCAACAUCAAUUUAAACCUUCUCAAUUCAGGGAGCUACGGGGUAAUGUGUCUAUCUCUACAUUGGAGUAUUUGCUUGUAGAGAGUAAGAGAGCCAAUUCCAUUGGUAUUGAUGUUGAAGCUUGUGGAUGCGUCCUUCGCCACACUAAUGGUUUACCUUGCGCCCAUGAGAUUGUUGACUACAUCAGACAAGAUCGUCCUAUACCACUUGCUACCAUACACUCACAGUGGAGGCAACUUCAUAUCUCCAUAUGCAAGAAAGAAGAGGAAACGAAGGUGACUUGUCAUGCAGAAGUAGAGUUGUUUGUGAACAAGUUUAAUGAAAAUGAUAGAACCAUGCGGUUGGAGCUUUUGAAGAAGUUAAAAGAGAUUGUAUAUCCGGGAAGCACUUUUCUUGUUGAGCCGGAGGUGAAGCCCAAAACACGUCAUCAAGAUCAUAAGAAGAUCAAUGUUUCUACCCCUCGUGACCUGUGUGCAUUUGAGUUAGUGCAAUCUGGACAUGAUUCAUUCUCACCUAGGGACACUCAAAUCACUACAUUAGCUUCUACUUUGCAAACCAAAAAGAAGUGA